GCAAUUUUUUGGAAAGUUGUUGCUGAUCACCCAUCAAUUUUUGCGAACAAAUUCGCCGUCGCGUUCGACGGUGCUCAUCAACUCUAUACACCUUAUCGUUUGGAAUUUCCUGAUAAGCGGAACUCCAUGCGGCUCGAGGCAGAUGUGCCACUUGCCAAGGACUCUCGCGAGCGGACUCCUUGUGCAGUCUCUUUUCAGUGCGUCGGUCCAGUGCUUAUCGAAAUGCGGCGUACCCGUACGAACAACCUUGAUGAGCGUGUUCUGACUCCGAUCCAGAUUCUGGAUAUCGUCUGUCGUCAGAGUCUCACGUGCCCGUUUAUCGACAACGCUGCAAACUUCUACUCAUGGAAGUCGUCCUGUUAUCGAAUCCCCAUCAACGGUGCGCUGGCGCUCGAUCUGGAAGGCGGAAAAGAGAUGUGGACUGGCUUCUUCUCAUCAGCCCAUGUGGCAAGUGGAUGGAAGCCACUCCUUAACAUCGACGUUGCCCACACCGCUUUCUACAAAGCAAAAAUCUCCAUGGUUCAGUUUAUGUGCGACGUUCUCAACGAGCGCGCUGGAGCCUAUCGUAAUCCGUCUUCUACUGCUCGCAGCAGCUAUGGCACAACUACUCAACCGGGACGCACUUACAGUACAACCCGAGUUGCCCACACCGCUUUCUACAAAGCAAAAAUCUCCAUGGUUCAGUUUAUGUGCGACGUUCUCAACGAGCGCGCUGGAGCCUAUCGUAAUCCGUCUUCUACUGCUCGCAGCAGCUAUGGCACAACUACUCAACCGGGACGCACUUACAGUACAACCCGAGGUGGUACUGCCGCAAGUACUGGUCGCGGUGGUUAUCACACUUAUCCACCCAGGACCACACAUACCACUCCACAGCGACAUGAAGAGCCGCUGGGAAUGCUAUCGCCCAGCACCCUAUACAAGGAGUUUUCGCUGUCUAAUCAUGAGAUGAAAAUUCUCGCCGAAGCAGUGAAGGGCAUUAAAAUUAGAAUCUCGCACCGCAAGGGUGCCGUUCGUGUCUAUCGCGUUAACAGCCUUCAAAUGCCAGCGGAUCAGCUAACGUUCAAAGGCGUAACGGAAGACGGGCGGGAGACAAUCAAGUCGGUGGCCCAGUACUUUGCUGAGAAAUACGCGGUAAGAAGGGUUUAA